AUAAUCACACCCUGUUUUUCUUUUUUUUUUUUUUUCUUUUCCCCCACACCCCCUCACCUGUGAAACAAACUCGCCCCGUCCCUUUCAAUUCUGCCCUAAUUCUCUCCAUUUCUCCACUAAUUCUCCAAUCCUUCAUUUAUUCCACAAUUCAAAUCAAUCGUUCAACCUAGGGUUUGUUUCAUGAGUUUUCAAGACAUCGAAGCGGGUCGCCCGCUCCAUACCCGACGCGCGGGCAGUAUGAAGCAGCAGGAUCCGACCCAAGCAAUUGCUUCUGGAAUCUUCCAGAUCGGUACUGCUGUUAACACGUUUCAGAGACUCGUCAAUACGCUUGGUACUCCUAAAGAUACCCCUGAGCUUCGUGAAAAGCUACACAAAACAAGACUACAUGUUGGACAAUUGGUGAAGGAUACAUCCGAUAAACUCAAGCAAGCUAGUGAAGCAGACCAUCGUGCCGAAGUUAGUGCCAGUAAAAAGAUUACAGAUGCUAAACUCGCGAAAGAUUUUCAAGCAGUUUUAAAAGAAUUCCAGAAAGCACAACGGCUUUCAGCCGAAAGAGAGACAGCUUACUCUCCUUCCGUUCCUCAACCUAUCCAUCCAUCACGUGAUGACACCAACGAAAUGGAUUCCAACUCAGGCAGAGAUCCAGAACAGCAUGCUCUUCUUUACGAAUCUAGAAGACAAGAAGUGUUACUGUUGGACAACGAGAUUGCAUUUAACGAGGCUAUUAUUGAGGAAAGAGAUCAGGGAAUACAAGAAAUUCAAAACCAGAUCGGUGAGGUAAACGAAAUAUUCAAAGAUCUUGCCGUUUUGGUUCAUGAGCAAGGAACUAUGAUAGAUGAUAUUGGCUCGAAUAUCGAGAAUUCUCAGGCUGCAACUGCACAGGCUAAAUCCCAUCUCGUGAAAGCGUCAAAGUCUCAAAGAUCAAACUCGUCCAUGACUUGCUUACUCUUUGUAAUCUUGGGGAUUGUGCUUCUCAUUGUGGUCAUAGUUCUUACGGUUUGACCUAUUAUAUUCAUUCGUCGAGAUCAAAGUGUCUACGGUUGGUUUGUUACGCGUAUAGCUAUACCAGAGCUUUUUUAGCCGACGGAAACCCCCAAAUUAUCCGCCAAGAUUCUGGGUUUCUACAAUUUACUUCAUUUUAUUACUUCAUGUGAUUUCAUGCUUUGCAGGGGUUGUUUCUGAUAUUGGGGUUUUUGCUUUUGGCUGAUAUAUGAAUUCUUUUUGGUAUAUGUGAGAGAUGAAGGAUUGUUGCAAAACUGUGUUUCUGGAAAUAAUAUUGUGUAUUGAAUGAUUGAAGGAUAUAAAUACAAAAAUUGUUUUGUUUGAUACAUUUAAUGUAAAAAAGUUUAAUGGGUUUUUAUUA